UUUUCCUUUCCACAUUGUUUUAUAUUGUUGUGUCCGAGCCACAACGUUUGUGGCGACGUCCGUUGUCCGCGAGCCUUAGGCAUCUGAUGUUGAUUUUGACAUCUGAGCGAGGAUUGUCCUGACAACGGAAAAUCGAGAAGAAGUAAACAACAAGAUCAGCUGAGAGAGUCUCUGGCAAACUGUCAUCGAAGACAGACGCGAGAAUUCAGAAUUAUUAAAAUAGAGAAUUAUUAAAAUAGAAUUAUUCUUGUUUAAAGCGUGAGCGAGUUGUGCUGUAAAUAUUGGGUGUUUUCCAACAACGGAACACAGUCAUACACUGUGUGACACAGUGUUACACAGUGUCGACUUGUAGCUGGAACGCUGCUUAGCUUUUUUCUUUCACCGUCAGAGUGCAGUUACUUUAUAUAUCUUGUUACUAGUUUGCAAUGCAAACAGACAUAUGUCAAUAAUUUAAAAUAAUAAUCUAAAUCGUUACAAGAUACUUUCUUAUAAGUUAUAUAAAGAUGAAUGGGAAGGAAAAGAUAGUUGUUAAUCUUGUACUGGAGAGUAUGAUAAACACCAGUACAAGCACAGAAGACUCAAGCAACAGUGAAAUAGACUGGAACAAUAGUAGUCUUUCAAUUGAUGAUAUAUCUUUCAGUAGUGAAGAAAACGAUGGUUAUUUAUUGUUGUUUCCUUUAAUGAAAUAUUUAAUCAGUGGGUGUAAAAGACAUCGAGUUGAAGAUUAUCUUCAUGUUGUGGAUAGUUGGACAGAUUUAGAAUUUAAAGAGCACUUGCGAAUCAAGCGUAAUUUAGCAAUUCGAUUAAUAGAUGAAUUGCAUGAAAGUGGAUUUAUUCUUUCUCAUUCGUUUGGAGUGAGACCAAUUGAAGCGAAACUCAGCUUUCUUAUAUUUUUGUGGCACUUGGCAAAUACAGAACCUCUACGAACAAUAUCAGAUAGAUUUGACGUUUCAAUUUCAUCUGUCUUUCGAGUAAUUCGCCGAGUGACAGCUUGGAUAUUGAUAAAAUUAGACGACGUUAUUAAAUGGCCCGAUGGACAACACGUCGCAUAUGUUUGUCAUCAGUUUUAUGCUAAAAGAGGCAUUCCAAAUAUAAUGGGAGCAGGGACUGCACUCAAAUUAAAAUAGAGAAACCUAAUGUGGAGAAUGCAAGAGAUUAUUGUAACCGGAAAAAAUACUUUUCUGUAAGCCUACAAGCUGUUGUAGGUGCGGAUAUGAAAUUCACUAACAUAUAUUGUGGUCAGCCAGGUUCUCUCCAUGAUGCACGAGUCUUGAGAAAAUCUGCAUUAUACAAUUCAGUUAAUGAACAUAGGGAAGUAAUUUUUUUAGAUGAAAAAUUUAUAAUAAGAGACUCUGCAUAUCCGUCUUUACAAUGGCUUGUUCCUCCUUUUCGUGAUAACGGUCAUCUUACUCCUCUUCAGACCGAAUUUAAUUUCAUACUUUCUUCAACGCGUAUGGCUGUAGAAAAAGCAUUUGGUUAUUUGAAAGGACGUUUUCGACGAAUAAAAUUUUUUUCGGAAUAUCGUGAAAUGCCGUUUAUUACAAAUACAAUUGUAGCUGCAUGUAUCUUACAUAAUUUAUGUUUGAAUUAUGACGAUGAUAAUGUCGAUUAUGAUGAUGUCAAAAUGGAGGAACUGAAUGAUAAUAUUUAUGAUAAUGUAAAUGAAAAUAUUAAUUUUGGACAUCAAGUAGAUCGACGGAUGCAAUUAUUGAGGGAAAUAUUUGACC